AAUUCCUUAACCGCUAACUUUGGCUCGACGAGCGUCUUGUGUGGUGUUUUAUUUUAUUUGCACUUUUUACCGUCACGAGUCAACUCGAAAAGUCACGCAAUAGGAACCAUCAUGUAUAUUGGAGGAGUUGUCUUUUAUUCUUGUUGUGGCUUUCCCGUUUAGACAGCAGUUUUUAGCUGGCAAACCAACACUUUCUUUUUCGACCGAGGCUUUUCCCGCGUUGGCUCCGAAAUCAUAACACGCCUCCCAACGUUAUGGUUGAAAGUUAACAUGGCGGAUAAAGCUGAAUAUCAAGAAACAGAGCCAUUAGUCACCCGCUGGUUGAUGGAUUACUUGACAUCGUUGGCGUGGGAGUUGUUUGAAAAAGACAAAUACAAUGAUUUUUGCGCCGUGAGAGACCUGAUUAGCAGUGUCCUACUUCGUCCUGUGGGAAAAAAUGAAGUGAUUAAUAAAAAGGUUCUGGUAAUGCAGUUACUCUCCCGGGUAAACGAGGGCGAAAGACUUGAUAUGACAUUUGAAAACAAUGACCCAAUAUCCCCUUUGGAAUCAGCCCUUCAGCAGCUGGAAAGUAUGUAUGAAGGAAGUAAUAUUCCACAAGAGGAUUUGAAAAAAGUGUGCAACUCUGUCAAGGAGAUGAUUGUGAAGCUUUUCAUUAAGGACAAUAUGUUUAGCAAAGCAGAAGAGGCCCUAUGUAAUUUUCCCAAAGCAAUGACUGCCAAGAAAGAAAUAUACAUGGAUCUCAUCAAUAGGAGGACCAAUAAUCAUAAAGUUAUUGAGGAAAUAAACUUCAAACAGUUGAAGGAGGAGAUUUCUGCCUUUUGCGUGAAAUUUUGUCCAUGCUCUGAUCCCCUUCUUCAUGAGACUGCAAAAAACGUAAUCAAUCGAAUCAAAAGACGACGCAAAGAGAGCAUGACCAGCGAUGAUACGGAGGAAUGUUACCCCUCCAAUCCGCUUAAUGCACAAGGACACGCUCAGCCGCUCAUAUGUGACGAUCCAAUUAUUCCAAAAAAGAGACUGAAGAUAGCCUACCAGGCUUUGGCAGUAGCUGAUCGCAUCACAAUACCGUUCUCUGAACUAGAGGAAGAAGUUAAAAAAGAAAUCACUGUCUCAUUUCUUGAGACAGAGGAUACAGAUGAAAACUCAGAAACCGAAGAGCUUUUUGAGGAAAACUCUGAAAGCUCCAAUCAGUAUGUCCCGCCCACUCCUACCAAACCCCUACCAAACAAACCUCAUUCCAAGAACCGUUCACCACAAAACAGAGCCAGGGAAGAUAUGAGAGCCUCGGUGAGGAAACGGAAAAGUAACAAAAUGGCCAAGAUGGUGAUGGAUCCGGACAGCCAGGAGAGCUCAUUGGGUUUGUCCCAGGAGGUGGAGACUACAGUCAGAGCGGAGGAGUUACAAAAUGGAACUUGUGAAACCCCUCACACUGACACUGAAGCACCCCAGCUGAGGAGAAUUCAAUUAGCCACACAGAAAAGAUCUUCCCCUGAUGAUGUUGAGACAACUCCUCCUCCGCAACAUGAGGAACAAUCCUGUAGCUCACCAGCAAUCAAUGAAGUCUCUCUAAGAACACCUCAUAAGGAGGCUUUGCCAAAUGGAAUCGGCAGUGAAUCCGAAGAAUCAUCAGACAGUGCCCAUGUUAUUCCGAGUUCUCCAGUUAACAAUGAAACUCCGGAAGAACAGCGUUCCAACAGAGCUUCCAACCAGUUUUCGAGGAGUAAAGAUGGAGUCUUGGUUACGGAUAGGGCACUGGACACAUCACCAUCUAUGGAUGCUCAAGUUCGUUCCCCUCAAAAUUGCGCCGCUCCAAAGAGUUCCACUCCUAAGAAGCAAAUCUCCAAAUGGAAGACUCUCUUUAACAAUGCCAAAGAGACCACGGUUUCUUGGACUGAUGAAGAAGAGAAUGUUUCAACAGUAUCUUCUGACAGGACCUCAUUUUCAGGCCAGAGGAAGAGGAAGUGGACAGAAGAGGAAAGCCAGAGACUAAUAAAAGGUGUGAAAAAAUUUGGAGAAGGCCAAUGGUGCAAAAUUCAGGAUUACUACUCCUUUAAAGACCGGACAAAUGUCCAGCUGAAGGACCGAUGGAGAACGAUGAAAAAAGCAAAAUUGGUUUGAGUUUUUUUGUUGUUGUUCAGAGCCGUUUCAACUUUUAAGCCUUUUCUAAGCAAAUCUUAAAAACAAUUCACCAUUGCCCUCAUAUUGUAAUGUUUUCAUUCUUUUUUUUACAUUGAAAUACAACCUUUGUUUUCUUUCCACAGCUUUGAAGCUGUAUGGCUUUCACUUUGGCUUUUAUGUUGACACAUUGUGUGUUGCUGAUGUUUGUAUAGUUGUAUACAUUAUUAAAUAUUAAGUUCACUUUGAAA